AUGAAUUGGCUCGGCCUCUUUGUCCUGCUGACUGUGACCGGGCUGGCGCACGGGACAUGGGACACCUGCGGAUGGACUUGCGGCCUCCGACCCAUGGUGUCUGACUCCAUACCUCAUGAUGACAGCAUGACACGUGUCGUGGGUGGUGCAGAUGCCAAGCCAGGGGCCUGGCCGUGGAUGGUCAGCAUCCAACACCCCUGGUUACCACGCCUGAAACACAUGUGUGGAGGGUUCCUCGUCAGUACAGAGUGGGUCCUCACAGCAGCCCACUGCUUUAACAGGGUCAAGGAAAUUGGCAUCCUUAAUGUGGUGAUUGGGGCCACCCAGUUGACUCAGCCGGGCCCUGGGGCACAAGUGCGCAAGAUUAAGAAGCUAUUUCGUCACGAAAAAUAUAAGAGAAGUGAUACAAGUAAUGAUAUUGCCUUGCUAGAAUUGAAUGAGCCUGUCCAGUGCAGCCCUUACAUCCAGUUGGCCUGUGUGGCUGACCCCACCAUAAGAGUUUCAGAGCUGCAAAACUGCUGGGUUGCUGGUUGGGGUUUAACCUCAGAAGAAGAUGAAGACUCAAUUGAUCAGCUGCAGGAGGCCAAGGUCCAGCUCAUCGAUCUCCAGCUCUGCAACAGCAGUGACUGGUACGGAGGGUUGAUCCACACCCACAACUUGUGUGCUGGUUACCCGGAGGGCGGCAUCAGCACCUGCAAGGGUGACAGCGGUGGUCCUCUCAUGUGCCAGGACAACAACGCUGACCACUGGUGGGUUGUCGGAAUAACCGUCGGGGGAAGAGGCUGUGCCAGAGCAAAGCAGCCUGGAGUCUACACCUCCACACAGCACUUCUAUGACUGGAUUCUGGCCCAGAUGGGGCUGAGCCCAUUUGGAAGUGCUUCCUGA